UUUUUAUUUAUAAUUAUAAUUAUAAAAUUAUUAUUAGAAUCCAGUGGCAUCGAAGGAUAUAAUUAAAAUAAUGCGUCCUCGAAAAGCAAGAUCGAAAGAAACGGUGCACACCGCUGUCGAGAAUAGCCGUGCUCUCUGUUUUCUCGGCCUCGCUGAGAAAAAGAAAAACAGUGACGAGAAAACCUGAGAAAGCUUCAAUCUUCAUUAAUAUUCAUAUAUCUUUGGGAAUGCUUUCCCUCCCAUGCAGCUUCAAGCUUCAUCAUCAUCAGCCGCCUCGCCGCCACAACCCUGACAUGAAUCCACGCCCAUGCGUCUCCCUCGCCGCCGCCUUCAUAUGCAUUCUGCAGUUUCUGUUCCCGGCGGCGAUGUCCCAGCCCCAAAACAUGAGAACAAAACAAUACGUCUUCGGCCCCUUCGACGUCUCUUAUUACGAAACCUUGAAGGUCAUUCAACCGGCAUCGAUCAACUUCGGAGCCCUACAAGUAACUCCGGACACCGCUGGUAACAUCAACCUCACAGACACCUCCGGUCGAAUCCUCUUCCGGCAGCCCUUCAAACUCUGGGAAGACGACGGAAAGAUUGCUUCCUUCAAUACUUCCUUCCUCAUCAACGUCUUUCGCGUCAACAACGCCACUCCCGGAGAAGGCGUCGCCUUCGCCAUUUCCCCAUCCCUCGACCUUCCCCGGAACAGCCACGGCCAGUACCUCGGCCUUACCAACUCCACCACCGAUGGCAAUCCCGACAACCACAUCGUCGCAGUCGAACUGGACACCGUCAAGCAGGAGUUCGACCCCGACGACAACCACAUCGGACUCAACAUCAACAGCGUCAAAUCUAAAACCAAUGUGUCCCUGUCUCAAUUCGGAAUCCAGAUCGCUCCAGACGGCGCCAAAUACUAUGUUAUCUGGAUAGACUACAACGGUUCGAGCAAGAAAAUCAACGUAUUCAUCACAGAACAACCUGACAGAAACGCUCCCAUAGUAUCAAAACCCAAAGAACCAGUGUUGACUUCAGAUCUGGAUCUCAGAAACAUCGUGAAACAGAGCUCUUACUUCGGGUUCUCUGCUUCCACAGGAACAACCUACCAGCUGAACUGUGUUCUGAGAUGGAACAUGACAGUGGAGGUUCUUUCGGAAAACAAGAACAAGACGCGAUCUUUGAGGAUCAGUCUGGGUAUUGGGGUGCCAUUGAUGAGUUUGAUUGUUGUAGGGAUCGGUGGGUGGGUGUAUUGUGUGUACAGAAAGAAGAGAAGAAGAAGGCUGGAUGACGAACAGAUACUGGGGACGCUGAAGAGCUUGCCGGGAACGCCGAGAGAAUACUCGUUCAAGGAAUUGAAGAAGGCGACGAAUAAUUUCAGCGAGAAGAACAAGCUCGGAGAAGGAGGGUUUGGGAUGGUGUACAGAGGGAUCUUGCAGAAAGAGAAUAACAUGGAAGUGGCAGUGAAGAAAUUCUGCAGAGACAAGAUGAAAUGCAAAGAUGAUUUCUUGGCUGAACUCACCAUCAUCAAUCGUCUUCGUCACAAGCAUCUUGUUCGCUUACUAGGGUGGUGCCACAAGAAUGGUGUGUUAGUGUUAGUGUACGAGUUCAUGCCCAAUGGCAGCUUAGAUAAUCACCUUUUCUUUGAGGAAGCUAAAUCCACAACCCCUCUCAGUUGGCACCUCCGUUACAAAAUUAUCUCCGGAGUAGCCUCGGCACUUAACUACCUUCACAACGAGUACGAUCAAAAAGUGGUUCACAGAGAUCUCAAAGCCAGCAACAUCAUGCUCGACUCUGACUUCAACGCUCGCCUCGGCGAUUUCGGCCUGGCUCGAGCCAUUGAGCACGAGAAAACAUCGUACGCCGAGGUUGAAGGCAUCCACGGCACGAUGGGGUACAUCGCGCCGGAGUGCUUCCACACGGGCAAGGCCACACGACAGUCUGAUGUGUUCAGCUUUGGAGCGGUUCUUCUCGAAGUGGUGUGUGGCGAGAGGCCAUGGACGAAGAAGGAAGGCUUUCAGUUGUUGGUGGAUUGGGUUUGGUAUUUGUAUGGCGAAGGCAGGAUUCUUGAGGCAGUGGACGAAAGGCUUGGGAAUGAGUACGACGUUGAAGAAGCUGAGAAAAUAUUGAAACUAGGGUUAGCUUGUUCUCAUCCUAUUGCUAGUGAGAGGCCGAAGAUGCAGAGUAUAGUGCAGAUUCUAAGCGGGGCUGUUCCUGUGCCUUACGUGGCUCCGUGCAAGCCUGCUUUUAUUUGGCCUGCUGUGGAUUUUGGAAGCUUCCUCAGUGAUCUCACAACACCAUCUUCUGCCACUGUAAACACACCGUUUCACACAGAUUCAGACCCUCUACAUUUAUCAAAGUGAAUGUGUCUGUGACAUAAUUUGAAAAGAGAUGAUGAUGGGUAUAGUGAUUGAGAUGUGAGCUUAUUAUAGACAGUUACAUUGUUUUGUGCUAUUCUCUUCGGAUAUAUAAAUGUAUAAAUGUGGAGGAUCUAAUGUUCUGCUUACAUAUACAGUCUCACGAGUGUGUUGAUGAUCAAUUUUCUCUUGUGGAUUCAUGAUAGGUCGUCUCUAAUUAUUUGAGGUUCAGUGACAUCUUGUAUCUUUUUAGACAGUAGAUUCUUCAUGUCUUGGGAAAGAAAGAAAUGGAUUACUUUGGUGUCUGAAAUACUCUGAUUGAAAAUGUUGUUCUGUUUUUGGUCCUAGGAUUUAUUCCAACUUGAAGUUGUGAUCUUAA